AUGGCUUCACACAACAAGGAGAAAGCUAGUCAACGCGUGCCGAUUAACAAGCAAACUGUGACUAUUAGCAGUGUGACCAACUAUUCAGCCACGGGCUCCAUCUCCAUGAAUGUUCACCAACACUUCGCACUGGCAGGAGAUGCUCGCACAAAGGCAGACAAGCAGAAGGAAGAAAUUUCUACCGGGCAGACAGACGAACGUACCCCGGGGAGAAACAUCCUAAUCAAUAGGCAGUGGGGCAAGUACAAGUUUUAG